UCUAUGCAGGUUAUUAUUCCUGCCCCAUAGAUAUGUACAGGAUAUAGGAGCCUGCCCUGUCUGCCCCCCGCCACCAUAGUUUGUUUUCUGGUUGGUGCUAAAGUAGGCACAGGCCCAAUCUAUUCUUCACCCCCUUAGCAUUCUGUAAAUAUCUACUGAGUACACACUGUAUGCUAGGAAUGCAUAUUUACUCAUUAAAUAUUUGCCAGUAGCACCCUCCUCCCCGUCAUUACAACAACUCAAAAAAGGUCAAUUUUCCGAAAUGUCCCCUGGGAUUGGCAGCUCCCCUUUGAGGAGGACUGGUUGAGGGAGAACGUGACCUUUUUGCCCUGGGGACGGGGACUUAAGAGAUUGCCAGUCUUUGCUGAUGACAGAUGGUUGCCACCAUGACCACUUUUCAUAGGGAGACCUGGAGGCAGGGACUGACAGGCAGAGCACACCUGCUGUCACCCAAGACCGUGAGCAGCGUGAAGACCCCGGUGGAGCUGGCCGUCAGUGGGAUGCAGACCCUCCACGUUCAGCACCGCUGCCGGGGCAGCUGCCGGGUCAAGGUUAGGCCGUCAUACGUGGAUGAGACUUUGUUUGGCAGUCCUGCAGGCACCCAGCCCACACCACCAGUCUUUGACCCACCGUGGAUGGGGAAGGCCAACAGAACCAGAGGAGUGGGUACAGGGGCGUCACAGACCUCAGGGGCCAACGGGAGCUGUGAGACUACCUCCUCCAGGGACAAGACCCUGACCCUCGCACCAAGGAAGAAGAACAAAUACAGACUGGUUGGCCACACUCCAUCUUACUGCGAUGAGUCGCUCUUUGGCUCCCGACCUGAGGGCGCCGGCUGGGAGGCCUCGUGGAUGACGAAGGGGGAUGCUGCAAAGCUCCAUGCCCUCUUCUGGACACCCCCAGCUACCCCUAGGGGCAGCCACUCACCCCGCCCCAGGGAGACUCCAGUGCGAGCCAUUCACCCAGCUGGUCCCUCGAAGACAGAGCGCAGGGUGGUGGCAGACUCCCGGAGGUUGUCCGUGGAUGGGUUAGACUCUCCACGCCCUCCGAGGCGGGAGCGUUCUUAUUCCCUCACCCACCUUAAUGUCCCCAGCACAAGUCACCCACCCACCAGUACCCCCUGCACAAACGGGCCUCAAGAUCCCAGACCUUCCCCGUCAGGAGUGACCUUCCGGAGGCCCCUGGUGACUCCCAGGGCUCAUUCAGUCAGUGUUUCAGUGCCAGUUACCCCCCGACGAGGCGGAGCCACCCAGAAACCAAAGCCACCUUGGAAAUGAAUUUCUUGGUGCUUUCUGCAGGUUUGCCCAUGGGGUCACAGCAAAGGGCAGAGUUUCAGAGGAUGGCACUGGUGGGCGGGCCUUUGGGGAGACCACCAGGCAUUGGCAAAGCACUCCUGGGGGCAGAGCGAGGGGGGGCAGUGCCGCCCUUUCUUCUGACAACCUCUGGUUGCUCCCUGCCUUUGCCGCUGAGGUGGAUAUGAGGGCCGCCUCUUGAGAUCCCUGUUUCAAGUUCUGUCAUAGCCACACAGCAUAUCAGUGCCAACCCAGGGGUGUCCCCCGGGAGGGUCCCCCCACCCCCUCCAUCACACCCACAACAUGGUCUCGCCACCAAGUGUGAGUAAAGGGUAUGAUCGCCAACCCGGAGGGUUCCUUCUCCCUCCCUUCAAGCCAAGCUUCUGCUCAGGAUGAGUUUCUAGCUGAGUCUGGACGCCUCAGGAAUUUUCCCAGGCACAGUAUGUGGACCAGCAGGGAACACAAGGUGAUAUGUGGGUGGACAUUUAAAAUUUUAAUAGUCAUGUAUUUAUUUUCAUGUAUUAAAUAUAUCAGCUCAUCGAA